CGAGGAGAUUUAUUUAGAAUCUUGUCACAGGAGGAAAGCGGCGGCCAUAAAAUACAUAUUCUCCUAAUGCCGACAUCUUCAAGCCUUUAUUUGUGUGUGUGUUAGCCAUGAAUGCGACUUUUAUUCCUUUUUCGUGGUAAAUUUUUCGCUGAUUACGACCUGCGAACACGUGAGAUUCCCAGGAGUUUGUGCAGUGUGACACAUUAAUAAUGCACAGUUAAUUGUUUGUUUUUAUGCCUGGAUUAAAUUUCAAGUAUUGCAAUGCCUCUCCGGAAAUAUUUAAUUGAUGACACAAAAAUACAAGAGAGGGACCUUUUUUUUCCUAGGACAUAAGGCAUAAGGAAGUUUUAAUGAAUUGACGAAGCGCGCGUGUAGGGAGAGUUAACGUGUGUCGUGUUUGAGACGUUGAACAGAAAAAAAAAAAUAUUGUAGCACUGUUGAAUCCGAUUAGAUCAAUUGCUUUUGAAUUGGAAAUCCCCGGUUCUAGAGAGAACCAUGUAAACAGUCCACGUGGUUCGGAGGGAUCAAUCGCUUGUUGUCCAUGGGGAGUCAUUAACACUAUACAACACUAUACAAAGGUGGCAAAUCAUUGUACGGGGAUAGCAAGUUCUGAUUAUUGAAGCCUUAUUGCAGGGAGAGAGCGCAGGAAUUUUUCAAUAGAAUUAGAAACAUCGGAUGUGAGUUAACAAAGAAAAGCAUAACAUAUAAAACAUGGGUGCAGGCGUAUCCCGCCAUGGUCAAGUUCGACGAAAAGUCCAGGCCGUUAAUGCGUUUGAAGACGCAGGUAAACGUCACAGGCGGCAGAAGAAUCCUAAGAAAAGCAACGACGUCGCCAUGAGGGAGAAGGCGAAAGAUAUGACGUCAUCAGACAGGGGGUCCAGAUCUCACUGGAUGAGGGUCAAGGAGCGGACUAUUUCUAAAACUGAGUUAGAAGCUAGAUCCGCUCUUAGACUCAGUGACUUUAACAAAGUGGUUAGAAAGCGAACUCUAGAAAAGGAUGAUGACGUGCCAAUUACCAUACCAUAUGUUUCGAAUGAAAAGGUUGAACCGGAAGAACUAUGUCACGUGUGCAGUGUGUAUACCGGAAGGGAAACCUAUCCUUGUCGGAUCUGCUACAAAGUGUACCACGAAAGUUGUCUCCGAAAACUAGGUCAGUGUAAUGACCCGGCAUCAUCGGUCCUCCUCAAGAAAGCCCUCAAACCCACGGGCUGGAGUUGUCAGAAUUGCGACGAUCUGAGCAGUCUGUUAACGGAAGAAGAACUACACAAUCUGUUUUCCUCUCUGGAUCGUUAUGAAGUGGCACAAGAUUCCAGUAUAGGUUUGGAGGACUUUAUGGAAUAUCGAAAGCGUUGCUAUGGCGACCAAGAUGGCGGAGAGGUACCAAAGGAUGCCCUACAAGAAGAUUUAGCCCGCUUUCAUCGGAUUGACAAGGACAAUACCGGAUCGAUCACGUGGUGGGAAUUUAUCAACUUUGAGUCAAUCCGUAUUCUGAAAAAGCGGAAUAAGAAUUCCAUUGUCCACCUGCUGUCACCAAGGGAAAUAGAAAUCGCCCGGCGAUUGUUCCGCGUUUAUGACGACGGUUGCGAAGGAAACAUCACCGAAUUCAAUGCCAAGAAAACCAUUGCUGCUUUCUAUACUCUAUUUAUAGAAUGUGACGACACACUUAACGGAUUUGCCGUAUUGUCAAAAAAGGACGAGGAAUUGUCUUUUGUUUUGAAUGAAAGUUUGUCGUUUACAAUGGACUGUGAACCCAACGGUCCCAAGAGUGUAUCAUGGCAGGAUUACUUGCUGGAACUAAGUCUGUAUAUUUUAGCGGCACGACCAAACUUAAGCCCGGUACCAGUAGAGAGUUCCGAAUGGACAAAAGGUGACCUGUUUGGGGUCAGUAUGAUUCUCCCCCUCAUAUCCACCCAUGCCAGGGAUCUGGGAGCCACCCCCACAGUUACGGGGAUUAUAGGAUCUACAUAUGGAGCUCUCCAGCUAAUGUCUAGUCCUAUUGUGGGUCAGUGGAGUGACAAUGCUGGGAGGAAGUUUUGUCUCCUGUUCUGUUUGCUCGCCUCGGCGGGGGGAUAUUUCCUCAUGAGCUUCUCAACCACCCUCAUUGUCCUGAUGCUCUCCAGGAUUCCCACAGGUAUCUUCAAACACAGUCAGAGUGUAUCCAGGUCAUAUCUGACAGAUGUGUCCUCUCGGAGUGACCAGUCCGGGGUGCUGGGGACCUUCAAUGCUGCUUCCAGUAUUGGCUUUAUCCUAGGUCCAAUGGUAGGGGGCAGAUUGGCAGAGACUAGUGGGGGAUUCUAUAAAGUCACCUUCCUAUGUACUGCUAUAUUUGUUCUCAAUGCAGUGUUUGUGUGGGCAGUAGUAGAGGACAAAGAAUCCAGCAACUGUAACAAGGGAAACACCCCACUGAGAAAUGAUUCUGAAGAUUCCCUAAAAAGACUUAAUUCAGGUGAAGAAAACUUCAGUCCUAAGCUUCUUCUUCAAUCCCUUAGAACGUUUGACUGGAAAAACCUCUGGGAUCUGUUUCUAAUCAAGUUCUGUCUAGGCUUCUCCAUAUUACUGUACAGGAGCAACUUUUCACUGACAAUGCGAGAGAUAUUUCAUAUGUCACCCAGUAACAUUGGUUACCUCAUUUCAUACUCGGCAACCAUCGCAGCUCUCAGUGGAUUUCUAGUGGGGAGAAUCUCAAAACUGUUUAGAAGUGAUGCUCAGAUAGUUUUAUAUAUGAGUGUAUUUCAAACAUUUACUCUGUUAUCUUUAAGUAUUGUCAGUAACAUUGUGUUAUAUGUAAUCUGUUAUACCCCUUUAAGCAUUAUUACUUCAAUGCUGAGAGUUUCAUCUACAAGCCUUACGAUACAACGAUGUGGCGGGAAAAAUGUGGGAGGUAUUAUUGGAAUGAGUCAGAGUGUGAUGUCAUUAGCACGCAUGCUCUCUCCAUUCAUUUCUGGACUUGUUAUGGAAGUGAGUUACUCAGGAACUGCAGUUGUUGGAUCUCUUGUAUCAAGUGUUGCUGUGAUAUUGUUGAUUUUGAGGCCACAAGAGCCGAAAGUUUAUAAAGAAAAAGUGCAAUAAAUUUAGUAAAAAAGUU